AUGACGGCCCCGCUCGGCCUCCCCCCGCGCUGGCCCGACGGGCUCGGUUGCCGUUGUGAGGACGCCCCGCGGGAGAAAAACCGCAUGGAAGGGUUGGGACAUUGCCGGGAGAUGAUGCCCCACGCGGGACUCGCUGUCCCCACCGCUCCCCCCCCUCCGCCGCCUCCGCAGGGAGCCGCGUACGCCGAGUUGGCGGCUGCUGAGCCCCCCCGGCAGUGCCCGUCGGGGGCGGCUUCCAGCGCGGCUUUGGGCUACGGGUACCCCUUCGGGGGGGGUUACUACGGCUGCAGGUUGUCCCACUCCCACGGAGUCAAUUUGCAGCAGAAACCCUGCGCUUAUCACCCCGGGGACAAAUACCCCGAGGCCGGCGGGCCCUUGCCCGGCGAGGAGCUGCCGUCGAGGGCCAAAGAAUUCGCCUUUUAUCCCGGUUUUCCCGGCUCCUACCAGGCGGUUCCUGGCUAUUUGGACGUGUCGGUGGUCCCGGGGCUUGGUGGUCACCCAGAACCGAGACACGAGGCUUUGCUUCCCAUGGAAGGUUACCAACACUGGGCUCUUUCUAAUGGCUGGGAUGGGCAAGUGUACUGCUCCAAAGAGCAAUCCCAGUCUGCACACCUCUGGAAAUCACCUUUCCCAGACGUCGUCCCCUUGCAACCCGAAGUCAGCAGCUACCGGAGGGGCCGAAAAAAAAGAGUCCCUUACACUAAAAUCCAGCUGAAGGAGUUGGAAAAGGAAUACGCGGCCAGCAAAUUCAUCACCAAAGAGAAGAGGAGGAGAAUUUCGGCCACCACCAACUUAUCCGAGCGCCAAGUGACAAUCUGGUUCCAGAACCGGAGGGUCAAGGAGAAGAAGGUGGUGAGCAAGUCCAAGACAGCCCAUCUCCAUCCUACCUGA